UAUUACUUCAAAAGUUCCCGCAAGCCCAUAUGUAGAAAAAAAAAAAAUUUACGGAAAUCGACGGAAAGGUCUACUAGAGACGAAAGAUCGCCGGAAUAUCUAACACUCAAAACACUGAAAUUAAAAUCCAGUCUUAAGAAAAAAAGAAGGAAAAAAAGCAAGUCGUUGAAGAAAGCCUGAUUUUUCUAUUUUGAAUUAAUUACUUAUUCGUUUCAGGCAAGCCGAGUUAACUUUUGGUAUUUCCCAUUAUUCCUCGUGUGAAUUACGCGUUUCGUCACAAUUCCUUAAUUGAUCGCUGUGAUCGAUGGAAUCGAUUUAUCCCGACUCCACCGAAACUGCUGGCCUUGUGCCAAGAUUUGAAUCCAGUCUAUUUAUUUAGCGAUGUAUCUUUGAUUUACCAUCAGCUCGAAAGAUGUCUGUGACUAUAUUAAAUUAUAUUUGGGACACUGGUCAAUCAUUGAGGCGAGACAUCAAUUAAGAAGCGACUGGGACCACCUUGGUGUAUUUCAGUUACGCUGAAUGUUCCAGGACAACGUAUCACACAAAAAUACUGAUUCCACCAGAAUAUCUUCAUGCAAACCAGCCUCUUCUCUCAGUACCACCGAUGUUAUCCAAGGGAAAAGGAAAAACCGACACAAUGACGUCACAACUCAUUGCUACAGCUGAGUGAACUGGAGCAACGUGAAAUAAAGUGUCUUGCUCAAGAACACAACACGCAGCCUGGUCUGGGAAUCGAACUCACUGUCUCAUACUUGUGAGCCCAAUUCUCUAACCACUGAGCCAUGUGCCUUCACCUUAACCACAAUUAUUAAUGGAGAUAUAAAAAUUGUUUUUUGUCUACGAUAUGUGUGCCACUUGGAUAUGCCUCAGCCCUCAACAAACAUCCCUAAGUGCUAUGUAGAAAAUAUAUAUACAUUGCAUAUCUUCUCCGUCUGUAAACAGAGACCCAUGAUUUGGAUAUCAUAAAAGAAGAAUCUGAACUAUAAUAGAACAGAUAUCGGUUUUCAAGAAUUUUUCCAGAGUUAAUUAUGGAGGACGGUAAUCACUCUGACACUUCUGACACAACUGUUUCUGACAGUACAGAUACAGGUAAAGCGUUUACUAAUCAAGGAUCGUUAGAGAAAAAUUUUGAUUGUAAGGUAUGUGGCAAAACUUUUGUGAAUUCUAGUAAUUUGCGAAUACACAGAAAUUUACAUACUGGGGAAAAACCGUUUGAGUGUGAGAUUUGUGGAAAAUCAUUUAAUCAGAGGAAUCAUCUUGCCGUCCACAAACGUAGUCACACCGGGGAAAGACCCUUCCGCUGUGAAAUUUGUGGAAAGUCAGUUGUCAAUAGUAAUUCGUUAAAAAGUCACAAACGAAUUCACACGGGGGAAAAGCCAUAUCAUUGCGAAAUGUGUGGAAAAUCUUUUAAUGAGAGAUCGAACCUAGUUAAACACAUAAAUAUCCACACUGGAGCAAAAGUGCACCGUUGUGAAGUAUGUGGAAAAUCUUUUAUGAAUUCAAGUAAUCUAAAAACCCAUGAAAAAUUACACACGGGGGAGAAACCAUAUCACUGUGAGAUUUGCGGAAAAUCAUUUAUUCAAAAGUCUCACCUUGUAAGUCACAGACGAAUACAUACGGGAGAAAAUCCUUUUGGGUGUGAGAUCUGUGGAAAAUCCUUUACCCAUAAUUCUCGGCUUGUUCUCCACAUCCGUAGCCACACUGGGGAAAAACCCUUCCACUGUGAAAUCUGUGGAAAAUCAUUUGUGGAUAAUAGUUCUUUAACAACUCACAAAAGAGUCCACACUGGGGAAAAACCUUAUCACUGUUAUACUUGUGGAAAAUCCUUUGUCAAUAAUAGUUGCCUGACAAUUCACAAAAAAAUUCACACGGAUGAGAAACCUUACCACUGCGAUAUAUGCGGAAAAUCGUUUGUGUAUAACUGUGACGUGACGCGUCACAAGAGGAUUCACACGGGGGAAAAACCUUUCCGCUGUGAAAUCUGCGGAAAAUCUUUUGCCAGUAAUGGCUAUUUGACAAUUCACAAACGAAUUCACACUGGAGACAAAAUGUUCGACUGCGGAAUUUGUGGAAAAUGCUUCAUCAGUAAAUCAACGCUCGUUACGCAUCUACAGAUCCACAGCAAAGAGAAAACCUAUCAUUGUGACACAUGCGGAAAAUCAUUCAUUACCAAUUCUCGUCUUGUAGUUCAUAAAAAAAUACAUUCCGGGGAAAAACUUUUCCACUGCGAAAUAUGCGGAAAGUCUUUCCUUAAUAACGGUCAUCUCGUUUGCCACAAACGAGUCCACACAGGCGAGAAACCAUUCUAUUGUGAAGCAUGUGGUAAAUAUUUCUAUACUAGCAGUCAGCUGACAAGACAUAAAAUACUCCAUACUGGGAAAAAACCAUUCCGUUGUGAAACAUGUAGUAAAUCGUUCUCUGAUAAAUCUAAUCUUAGGAGUCACAUCCGUACCCACACUGGGGACAGGCCAUGGCGCUGUGAAACUUGUGGUAAAUCUUUCAUCUACCAAAGUGACUUGAAUAAACACAGACGAAUCCAUACAGGGGAGAAGCCUUAAUUUGGCUUUUAAGAGUCAAAUUCUGCUUUGGUAUGCGAUCUACAUGUUUCAUUUAUUUGUUAUGGCUUAAAUAAAACAUUCUUACAUUUAUUUAAAAAAAUUAAAACAAACCAGGUUUGAAACAGGUUUACUAAUUUUACGGGUGAAUCGAACGAACAUCAGCUACAAAAGUAAAAAAUAGACGAUUAAAAUUUUUAUACAUUUUAUAUAUUUAUAUAUUUAUUAUUAACACUUGUGCCGGUGGCACAU